GUCCCUCCCCUUCAGCCCUGGUUGCUGGCGGCGCCGGAAGUGAUCGGCUGUUUUUAUUUGCCCCGCCUCCGGCCCGGAAAUACUUUCUUGGAAAGAUGGCGGCUGUGUCGGUGUAUGAGCCACCGGUUGGAGGGUUCUCUUUUGAGAACUGCCGCAGGAAUGCCAUCUUGGAGGCGGACUUUGCGAAGAAGGGGUAUAAGCUUCCAAAAGCCCGGAAAACUGGCACUACCAUCGCGGGGGUGGUCUAUAAGGAUGGGAUAGUUCUUGGAGCAGAUACAAGAGCCACUGAAGGGAUGGUUGUUGCUGACAAGAACUGUUCAAAAAUUCACUUCAUAUCUCCUAAUAUUUAUUGUUGUGGUGCUGGGACAGCAGCAGACACAGACAUGACAACCCAGCUCAUUUCUUCCAAUUUGGAGCUCCACUCCCUCUCUACUGGCCGCCUUCCCAGAGUUGUAACGGCCAAUCGGAUGCUGAAGCAGAUGCUUUUCAGGUAUCAAGGUUACAUUGGUGCAGCCCUAGUUUUAGGAGGUGUAGAUGUCACUGGCCCUCAUCUCUACAGCAUCUAUCCUCACGGGUCAACUGAUAAGUUGCCUUAUGUCACGAUGGGUUCUGGCUCCUUGGCAGCAAUGGCUGUGUUUGAAGAUAAGUUUAGGCCAGAUAUGGAGGAGGAGGAGGCCAAGAAGCUGGUGAGCGAGGCCAUUGCAGCCGGCAUCUUCAAUGACUUGGGGUCUGGAAGCAACAUCGAUCUGUGUGUCAUCAGCAAGAGCAAGCUGGACUUUCUUCGCCCCUAUUCAGUGCCCAACAAGAAGGGGACCAGGUUUGGCCGGUACAGAUGUGAGAAAGGGACCACUGCGGUCCUCACUGAGAAAGUCACUACCCUGGAGAUUGAGCUACUGGAGGAAACUGUCCAAACAAUGGACACUUCCUGAAUGGUGCUAGUGGGUGGCUGGGUAUCACUCUGGAAAUCGGGGGCACUGGAAACACCCCUGUGACACCUUCAUUUGGUUCCUGUUUGCUGAAUGAAGUGCAAUAAAAAAAAAAAAAAUGAAAACCACAAUGGGCAGCUGAGA